AUGACCACCAAAGGUACGACGGUCGGAUCAGUCUCCUGGAUCGCAGCCGAGAAGGAGAAUGCUUUGAGUCUUCUACAGAAUGAAAAAGAGGAAGUCAUAUACCCGGCCCAGCACCAGCUCGAAUGGCUCAACGAGCAUAUGUCCGAGAUAUUCAACAAGAGCCACCUUGAUGUCGCCAAUGUCUUCAAGACACCCGGAAAGCUUCGAGGGAAAACUCCUCGCACGGCGAGGAAACGUCACGCCCAAGACGCACGAAUACCUCUGAGCGACGUCUUUUCAACGAAACCGUUACCACGACAGAGUCCUCAGAAAAGAGCAGAUCAACCGAAACUGCGCUUCGAAAUCUCAAUCGCAACCGAUCAAACACAACAACCCCUCAAGUCACAGACCGAUUCAGGCUACCACACCGCAAGCCAGGAAGAUGUGGAUAUCGGCCCACAGCCUUACCCGAGCGACGGGCCAGAGAGAGUACUCGAAGAAUCUCGUGACAAUACAGAUACGACUUCAGAACAUAAUAUGGACGAGGCAAUGGAGGAAGGGCACCGUACUACCGAAGGAUCCUUUCAUUCAGCAAAAGAAGACCAAACAACGAAGAUAGGUCCCGAGGUGGCUGUAAAGGGAACUGCGCCUCAAAGCGUAGUGCUGGAUAUUCACCAGAGCGAUAAUAUCGAAGCGACAAACGAGCGGCAAGCAGAAGUACACCCUGAGCUGGAUGACAUUGGAUCUCCUUCCGAUGAAUCAACUCCCGAAAGACCUUUGGUAAGGAAAAGUAGUCUGACAUUUGCUGCGUUGCCUGCACGAGAGCCGUUGAAAUCGAGUAUUGGUACCAGAAUCUCACGAACAAGCCAUAUCGACCAAAUCCAUCGACCGCCGUCAAGUGCUUAUGGUUUUCGACCAAAUGUCCCUUCAAGUCAGGCAAUACAGCACUCGCCCCAUGAUGACAACAAGGAUGUUGAGAUGGACGAUGCAGACGACGAUGAAAAUGACUCGAACGUGCAGAUUUUGGGUCACGAUGACUCUGAGAGCGAAAAUCAAGUCACCAAAGCGCACUCUAAAUUCUCAACACAAAGACUGCAUGAGAAAAUCGACAUGCUUGGGAAAGUCCCUCCCCCACGACCCUCCAAGUCAAUCCCUUCGGCUGUCGUCCUGUCGGACAUGAAGCAGCUGAACGAGCAGCACCAGAAACCCCAGAAUGAAAAGCAACCACAGGUUGCGAAUGAUGACGACGACGACUGGAUCAAGCCGCUGACCAGUCCAGAAGCUGCCAGUUCAUCUCCUUUGAAGACCGCAAUGCCCACAGAAUCAGAUAGUGAGGAGGAAUUUGAUCUCCGGGCUCCGGAACUGAUUGCGCACGAUGAGCGCAUGAGAACUCCCGUUCGCAUGUCGCCGGGUCCUGGUAAGAUGAUGCCAGGCUUUGGCCACACCAAGUCUGCUUCAACCGCCACCUUGGCUUCACCUGCAAAGGCAUCCAUGGCACCUCCGCCAAGCCCGGCGAAAUCCAUAUCAGUGUCAAAUCCAACUCAGAGCAUAACAACUCCACAAGGCUCUCCGAGGCGAUAUCUCGAUCUAAGUGCUUCCAAGUCCAAGUUGCAAUCUAUCAUGAAGACUGCCAAAGGCCUGUUCACUAGCAGUGCAAGCGUGUCAGCCGCGGCCAAAUUGGAAACCUUGUCUCCCAAUGCCCUCAAGGUGGCUUCGAAUGCGAUGCCUGGAAUGUAUCCGAACCUCAACGCUAUGAUUGAAGAUAAGCCCUUACCUGCAAGCCCCGCGAAAGAGACGAGAAAGACCCGCAGUUCCACGGAGAGAGAAAGAGAGGAGAAGCGAAAGGAAAAAGAGGUCCACUUAAAGCAACGGAUGGAUGAGCAACUGGAGAAGGCGCGGGAGGAGGAGAGAAAGAAAGUCGCGGAACAAAAGCUCGCACGUGAACAGAUGGCCAAAAUCGAGGCUGAACAACUUCGCCCUUCAAGCCCAAAGCAACAGCCUGUCGAACAACAAGACUCGAUCGAAUCGGCAGCAAGACCAAGUCGGCCAAUAAGACUGGGAAAAGACCACCCUAUGAACAAAGCUAAGCCUGCACCAGUAUCCAUACGGGUCGGGACACUCUCUCAACGAAUGCCAGCCAGUACCUCGCAAGUGGCUGCGAAUACCCAGGAAACUCUGGCUGCGGAGCCCAAGCGCCCAGGAUUAAAUAAAAAGACUAGCACUGCCUCCUUGCAAUCAUCCACAUCGACAACCGUGAAAUCCUCGGUCCAUCCGCCUCAGAAGCCAAGAGCUUUGCUUGCAGCGGAACGCAAGAAAGAACAGGACGAACGAGAGGCACAGAGAAAGCUCGAACAGAAGCGAGAACUGGAGCGCAAGCGAGCAGCCCAGCAGGAAGAGGCGCGCAGGCAGGAACAGAGGCAGCGUGCGGAGGCAGAGAAGCGUGAACGAGAGCGAGUUGCGGCAGAACAAGCGAAGCGACAGGCUCAGCAGCAAGCUAUUGAGCGCAAACGUCAAGAGACGGCCAGAAAAGCAGAACAGCAACGGUUGGAGCGUGCUGCCAACGAAGCUGCCCAGAUUAGACCUUCCUCGCGUCUUGGUGGUCAAACCACUGGUCGACCAUUACUCAACCACCCCCUGCCCACCAAUCCCGCGAAGCCUGCAAAGCGACCACUGGAGGAAGAACAGGGCACCGUUCGUCCCCAAAACUCAAAGUACGGCUUCCCGACUUCUCAAGGCGACACGAAGAGACGGAAGACUGAGGAAGAAACCGUGACUGAAACUCUUCCACGUCCUGUUGUUUCUGGUGCACCCAUCCGGCAGUCACAGCUUGGGAAGAAGGCAUCGAUCUUCAAUCAUAGCACAUACACGCAAGCACAAUCCUCGACGUAUGUGGGCCAAUUCCCCCAACCUCCCAGCCGAGCCGCACCUCCACAGAUGCAACAAUAUGCCACAGGCGGAAAGAUCCCCUUUGCAGAUGCCCCUAACCCACCAGCGCAUACGAAAACUCCGGUGUCGAUCAUGCAACAAAAGACGAUCCAGACAGUCAAGUCUUCACCGCAGUAUCCUAACGGGGACGCCAUUCAUCUGCCCGAAAUUCCAACCGACUCGGAGGAUGAAGAAUCAGACGACGACGGCAAUGCAUUCCCGAUUCCUGAUUGGGCCACGCCGGGCCAUCUUACCGAGCAACUCAUGCGGCAGGAGGGAAUGGACGGAGAUGCAGUGUUUGGGCCAAUCGCACCAUUGAAAAUAGAAGAGAUAUUCUCCAAGGGCAACAAGGAUAGAUUAAAACGGCUCCGAGACCGGACUAGCAGUGCCAAUUGGGCACUUAGUGGCGAUGGGCUGACGCUCGAAGAGGUCAAGGCGGAUCGAGAACAGCGAGAACGUAUGAGGCUGGAGGGUGGUUGGAGAUAUGGCAAUUAA